AUGUCCAAUAUGAUUAGAGUUAAUGAUAUGGUCAAUGAUGCUUUUGGGGUACAUUCUGGGUUUGAGCCUAAACAAAAUUAUGAGCAACCUUCUAAUGAAGAAGCAAUGCGCUUCUAUCAAGAAUUUGAAGAGGCUAGUCGUCCACUUUGGGUAGGGUGUGCGCAUUCUAAGUUGUCCAUUGCAGUUAGAAUGAUUAUUAUCAAAGCAAAUUGGAGUGUUGUUGAAACUGCUAUGGACUCUAUGAUUAAGCUUGUGGGGGAAAUAGUUAGUCCAGAAUACGACAUACCUAAAAAUUACUAUCAGGCCAAGAGAUUAGUUUCCAAUUUAGGAUUGUCGUAUAACAACAUUCAUUGUUGUUCAAAUGGUUGUAUGUUGUUCUAUAAGGAAGAUGCUGAUUUAAAUGAAUGUAAAUUUUGUGGACAUGCUCGGUUUAGGCAGGCUCCUAGUGGAAAGAUGGUUCCAAUUAAGUCGGUGCAUUAUUUACCUCUUAUACCUAGGUUAAAGAGCUUGUACGCAUUGCCGAGUUCCGCUCCUCACAUGAGAUGGCACAAUGAAAACAGAAGGGCGCCUGGUGUUAUGUGUCAUCCAUCGGAUGGAGAAGCGUGGAAACAUUUUGAUAGAACUUAUCCUGAUUUUGCUAGUGAACCAAGGAACAUCCGUUUGGGUUUGAGUGCGGAUGGUUUCACACCUUUCUCUGUCUCUGCUACACCCUAUUCUCGCUGGCUAGUGUUUCUUACUCUGUAUAAUCUUCCACCUGAGAUGUGUAUGACAAGUCCUUACAUUUUCCGAAAUACAGUUAUCCCUGGUCCUCGUAAUCCAAAAGUUUCGAUUGAUGUUUAUCUACAACAACCUUUGAUUGAUGAGUUAAAACAGUUAUGGUGUGAAGGUGUAGUGACAUAUGGUGUAUCAACUAAGUCAAAUUUUAUCUGGCGUGCUUCUUUAAUGUGGACUGUUAAUGAUUUUCCUGCGUAUGGGAUAUUGCCUGGUUGGAUGACUGCUGGAAAGCUAGCUUAUCCUCAUUGCAUGGAAAAUAGUAAAGCAUUCACUUUAAAACAUGACCGAAAAAAUACAUGGUUUGAUUGUCAUCAUCAGUUUUUGCCUAUGGAUCAUGAAUUCAGGAAAAUGAAACAGGCAUUUAAAAAGAAUAGCAUUGAAAAGGAUCCACCGCCUCGAACAUUGUCGUAG